UGCCCUUGCCAGCCACGCCAGAGCCGGUGAAUGAGCAACGUGCCGUGACUUUGCAUCAGCGGCAUCGCCGGCGCUCCAACCUCGGACCCCCCGCUUCGCGUCUGUGUGUCCCAAGGGAUCCGUUUGCUGCUGCUGCUGCUGCUGCUGCUGACUCGCUGGUGCACCUGAUGGAAAAGGCAAAGGAGAACAGUCCCGGCUUCUUGCCGCCCUUCAAACACUUCGCUACAAAGGCCAUCCACGUGGGACAGGAACCUGAACAAUGGAAGUCCAUGGCCGUGGUGCCCCCUAUUUCCCUCUCAACCACGUUCAAGCAGCGGGCGCCGGGAGAGCACUGUGGUUUUGAGUACAGCCGUUGUGGAAAUCCUACUCGAGAUUGCUUGGAAAAGGCCGUGGCAGCACUGGAUGGUGCAAAGUAUUGUUUAGCGUAUGCUUCUGGGUUAGCAGCUACACUGAAUAUUGUACAUCUGCUAAAAGCAGGAGAUACUAUUAUAUGCACAGAUGAUGUCUAUGGAGGUACCAAUAGAUAUUUCCGGACGAUAGCAUCAGAGUUGGGUCUGAAGGCGAUUUUUGUUGAUUGUACCAAAUUGGAAUGCCUUGAAGCUGCAAUCACACCAGAGACUAAGCUUGUCUGGAUUGAAACUCCCACAAAUCCAACGAUGAAAGUGAUUGAUAUUCAAGGAUGUGCAGAUGUUGUCCAUAAGCAUAAAGGCGUCCUUUUAGCAGUUGACAAUACUUUUAUGUCUGCAUAUUUCCAGCGUCCCUUGUCUUUGGGAGCAGACAUUUGUAUGUACUCAGCUACUAAGUACAUGAAUGGGCACAGUGAUGUUGUAAUGGGACUAGUGUCAGUAAACGACAGUGAUCUGUAUGAAAGGCUCAAAUUCUUACAAUAUGCCCUUGGAGCAGUUCCAUCUCCUUUUGAUGCCUACCUUUGCAAUCGGGGCUUAAAGACACUGUCAAUCCGCAUGAAACAACAUUUCCACAAUGCUUUGAUGAUUGCUCGAUACCUUGAGUCAGAUCCGAGAGUGGAAAAGGUCAUUUUCCCUGGAUUGACCUCCCACCCGCAAUAUGAGCUGAUAAAGCGUCAGAGCACAGGCUGCCCAGGGAUGAUUUCCUUCUACAUUAAAGGAAACCUUGAACGUGCCACCACAUUUCUCAAAAGUUUAAAGCUUUUUGCACUGGCUGAAAGUCUGGGAGGAUAUGAAAGCCUGGCAGAGCAUCCUGCCAUCAUGACUCAUGCCUCCGUUCCCAAGGAAGAACGGGAAGCCCUCGGAAUCUCCGAUACGUUAAUUCGCAUGUCUAUCGGCUUAGAAGACUGCGAAGAUUUACUGGAAGAUCUGGACCAAGCUCUGAAAGCAGCAUUUCCUGAUCAUAAAGUCCGUAACUAGGAGACUUGAUCCCUGUGCAUCUGUAAUACAAGGAAAAGGAACUGAAAAGCUUUGUUGCUCAUGAAUUUUCUGUGAUUCAGUUUCUUAGAAAUGAAAAUUUACUUUUAAUGUUUUGAAAGUAAGCCAGCAAUGGGGACCUCUCCCAACUGGCUUGACUAAAACCAUGCCUUCUAUCAACAUGUGUUCUUUGAUUUAAAAUAAAAAGGUCCCCAUUCUUUCCAGGAUUGUUUCAGGUGGGCAGCUCUGUUGGUCUGCAGUAGAAAAGCAGAUUCAAGUUCAGUAGCACCUUAGGGGCCAACAAGAUUUCCAGAGUAUAAGCUUUUAAGAGUCAAGGAGGCUCCCUUUGUUGGAAGAAGGUCUCUGAUGAAAGGAGCUUCCACUCUCAAAAGCUUGUACCCUGGAAUUCUUAUUGGUCGGUUCGAAAGCCCGUACAAGUGAGUAGAUGAAUGGGUACCUGCUCCUAGAGCGGGGGAAGGCACCCUCCUCCCCUUCGGUGUGGUGGAGUGGUGGUGGCGGAGUGGUGGCGACAGCAGCUGAUGAAACAUGGCGGCGGCGACGUGGUAGGCCAGAGCCAAUCAGGACAGAGGCCAGCUGUGGCAGCGCGCACUGUCGUGCACUGAGGGACCAUCCCCGGAAGGAGUCGCUGCGGUCGAAGAAGAUCUGCGCUGAGAUGUCAUCACCCAGAACUAAACCUCCGCAGAAACAACAACCAAGACCCUGCCACAGGUGCCUGAUAGGUAGUCAUUUCCCCUCAAUGUGUGGCCAUAGUGAGGUAAUGUAAUUAAAUUGUACUAUGUAAACCGCUCAGAGCCCUUCGGGGGUUGAGCAGUCUAUAAAUCGAAAGUUAAAUUAAAAAAUUAAAUAAAUAAGGUAUUACUGGACUCAAAAGUUGCUGUUCUUUCCAGGAGUGGAUCUCACAUGACUGUGAUUCAUACUUGGGAAUAGGACAUCUACUAGUAUCUAAAGAUAUUUAAAAUAAUUCAUAAUGUUUGACCAAAUUAAAAGGAUAUAACCAUUACACCAGUACCUCCUGUUCCUUCAGCUUCUUCUUGUCAGGUUGCUGGAUUUUUAAAAAAGUUCAGAGCUAUUUCUUUUAAAAAAAAAACAGUUUCAGAUGCAAAAUGUGGUGUCAGAUAAGUUCCUUCAAUGAUGUUAUUUCUCUCUUUUGUGUGCAAUACAGGAAAAUGAAGCAAAAUGAGUUGCGCAGUGCUGUAUGCAUUGGGUUGAAUCCAAACAUGUACAAGCAGAAGGAUCUCAUACAAUUACAUCUUUCCUGCCUUCUCCCAGCAGCCCCAUAUCCUCUGAGCUGGAAAUCAGGCAGAUCCCCCCACCCCCACCCCAGUCUUGUGUGGGUACAGUAAAGUUGGCUCAUUGGAGGCCAUUGGGGGAAGGGGAAUGUGGGAAACAUCCACAAGCAAUUACCUUCUGUUGAUACAAGUUUGGAUCCAUCCUAUUGUAUUUAAAAA